CCGCCCCCUGCCCCCGCGGCUUUUCAUUGGCGGGUCCGCCGCCCGCCCCGCCGCGGUCGAGGAUCCUGCAGGUUUGUCCCCGCCGCCCCGACGCUCCCGCCCCGUCUGUCGGCACUUCGGCCCUGCCUCCCAGACCACCCUGCCGGGCGCACCAGCGAUCUGGAGUGCGGGGUUCGGCCUCCCUGCGCUCCUGGCUGACGGUGUAACCUUGGGUCUUAGCCAUGAACUUCUCUGGAGGAGGGAGGCAGGAAGCAGCAGGGUCCAGGGGUAGAAGGGCUCCCAGACCCCGGGAACAGGACCGAGACGUGCAGCUGUCCAAGGCUCUGUCCUAUGCCCUGCGCCAUGGGGCUUUGAAGCUGGGGCUUCCCAUGGGAGCCGACGGCUUCGUGCCCCUGGGCGCCCUCCUGCAGUUGCCCCAGUUCCGCGGCUUCUCUGCUGAAGAUGUGCAGCGCGUGGUGGACACCAAUAGGAAGCAGCGGUUCGCCCUGCAGCCGGGGGAUCCCAGCACUGGCCUUCUCAUCCGGGCCAACCAGGGCCAUUCCCUGCAGGUUGGGGUACCUAAGUUGGAGCUGAUGCCCCUGGAGACACCGCAGGCCCUGCCCCCGAUGCUAGUCCAUGGUACAUUCUGGAAGCACUGGCCAUCCAUCCUACUUGAGGGCCUGUCCUGCCAGGGAAGGACACACAUCCACCUGGCCCCAGGACUGCCUGGAGACCCCGGUGUCAUCAGUGGUCAGUGCCCUCCCCUCCACCUAGCUACUCCCACCCACUCUGUCCAGCCAGAUCCCCUUCAAAGGUUACAACACUUGUCUGGGGCCACCCCAUGCCCGGCAUGGAGCAGCACCCCUGCAUCCCCCAGCCCAGGACCCCAGUCUGCCCAAGUUGCUGACUGCACUCCAGGUGCCCAGGCCUCAGCCCCAGCUGUCUCUGCAGGCAUGCGGUCCCAUUGUGAAAUAGCUGUGUUCAUCGAUGGACCCCUGGCUCUGGCAGAUGGAAUACCCUUCUUGCGCUCUGCCAAUGGGGUGAUUCUGACUCCAGGGAAUACUGAUGGCUUCCUGCUUCCCAAGUACUUCAAGGAGGCCCUGCAGCUACGCCCUACCCGAAAGCCCCUUUCCUUGGCUGGUGAUGAAGAGACAGAGUGUCAGAGCAGCCCCAAGCACAGCUCCAGAGAAAGGAGGAGGAUCCAACAAUAAAAUAUUAAUUUAUACAAAAGAAAUUUUAAAAAGUAACAAGAAAGAAA